UUUGACUCGUAAGCAGACGAAUAUCAGUUGCAGACGACAUCAAUACGCUGACCUCCAUGGACGUCGUAUAUGGCGGGAGUUGUGUUUUAAUACGUUUCCUGGACACUACAGGUAAAACCCGAGCGUGUGUAUACGGUACCAAUGACAAUAGGCAAUGGCUGAAUCGUGAACACUAAUUAGGCUACUGCCUACUCCUAUCCACCAGGCUAACGGAUGCCGUUCCAGUCGACCAUUGCGCUAUCCUCGUUGUUAAGUGUACCUACUACCAUGUAAUGAAUCUUUUCGCAGAGAAGCUGAGGGAGGGAGGUGAUUAGGUGUGCCUCAUGUGUAGUACCAGGGCAUCGUGAUCAACGGGUACUCGGCUAUAAUGAGCACAAGUGCAGAGACUUCCGAGAGUGCCACGAAUCCUACGACAAUUGACGCUUCUACAAGGCUAAAAAAUAUCCUCUACAGCGCUCUACUGAUGGUCGCUGUCGCGUGCUUUUGGACGGUUGGUACUCAGUUUGCGCGGGAAACAUACAUUCCUGGUCAGUUCGAGGCUCCCUUUCUAGUGACGUUCAUAACGACAGGUUGGCUGAUACUGUUUUACCCUAUAUAUGUGGCCGUUAAGUUUGUAUACAAGAAGAGACAGACCAAGCCACUCCAGGAAUUGAGAUGUCAUGUACGACUUUACUACACCGACGGAGAGCAACACAUCCGACAAUAUAUCGGAUUUUCGGCCUUGUUUUGUAUCCUUUGGAGCCUAAUACAGUACACCUACAUCCGGGCGCUUGACCCGAAGCUCCUUUCACCGACUGGCGUUGCAGCCCUUUAUUCCACAUAUCACAGUUUUGUGUAUCUGCUGUCCUGGAUCGUACUGUUCGAUAAAUUCGUAGCUAUCAGGAUUUUAGCUAUGAUCUUCGCAAUAUCCGGUAUGGUGCUUUCUGCGUACGCAGGCGGUUUCGGAUCUACUUCGAUGUGGGGUGUAAUUUUGUCUGCUGCGGCCUCCGCUACCAUGUCCGUGUUUAAGGUUUUAUAUAAGAAGUUUCUUGGAAGUCCUGACUACGGUCAAAUUUCCUUUUUCACAAGUCUCAUCGGUGUUGGGAACGUAUUAUGUAUUUGGCCAGUGCUGCUAACUUUAUGUUUGACGAAGACAGAACUGAUCACAUACGAGAUAAUUCCCUGGGGUUACAUCACAGGGUCAUCCAUCUCUGUCUGUGUCCUGCAUAUGCUUUUACACUACGUCGAACCGGCGUUGUAUGACGUGUUCAUAGGUUUGGGUUUCCUCCUUGGAAUCUUCAUGAGUGCAUUUGUCGACUACAUAUGGCGAGGGAUACACUUCAGUGGGAUGGAGGUUGCUGCGGUUAUAUUGACUUCAUUCGGCAUUCUCCUAGUGUCCCUCCCCGAUCAGUGUCCGACCGACUUCAGCACAGUGACCACAUGGUGUCGACGUAGAAAAAGAUGUGAUGUCCGUGGCACGGCCCAGCCACAGAAUGACACGCAGGGCUCAAGAUGGCGACGGACCACGAAAAUAUGAUGAUCUGGACAAAACAGUGGUCACAUAGUGUCGAAGUCGAAAAGAUGUGAUGUCCGUGGCUCGGUUGCAGCCAACAAAUGACACACAGGGCUCAAGAUGGCGACAGACCACAAAAACGUGAUAAGCUGAACAAGACAGUGGUCACAUGGUGUCGACGUCGAAAAGAUGUGAUGUACGUGGCUCGGUGCAGCCAAAAUGACACGCAGGGCUCAAGAUGACUACGGACCACAAACACGUGACGAGUCAAACAAUUACUUGCCAAUUAAUGUACAUGACUCGAGUUUGUCAGAGAACUUACAGAAAAUAACCAUAAAAGCAUAAAAAAUAAAUUUCAAAAAGACAAUUCUAAAAUCUACCCAUAUACUGUUUAGGCCAAAUGAUUGGUGAUGUUCAAUUAUUUAAGAAUGUAAAAUAUCUUUUGUGUUGUAUAAAAUAGAAUUGCCUCAUAUAACGCGAAUUGCAUUUUUUGCGUGUUAACUUCAAGCAACGUAUUCCCGAACAUUGUUUUCAGUUUCAAAUGAUUCUUAUCAUAAAAGCUAUGUUUAUUUCGCAAAGAUUUGUAUCUACCAAUUUUAUAUCUAUCUACCAAGCACAUCAACCUCCCAAUCUUCCAAACAAGAUAUAUACAUAUCUAUCUUUUGUAUAUAGACAGAUGUACAUUAGCAAAAAAAACAUUGUCCGUAAUGUUUCAGAAAUUCUUAAACAUGCAAAUAGAAAAAAAUUUAGGAAUAACACUUAUGUUAUCAUUGUUAUGACGCAUGCCGCAUACUUUAUUUAGAUUUGUGUUGUUAAAUAUUUCUAUGUUUUUCAUAAGUUCUCGCAUGGUGCAUACUUUAAAUUGCCAAUCAGCAUUACUUUAGUGUAUUCUAUAGCACAGUUCCUAUAUUUCUAGAGGUGUAGUGAAAACAGGGACGUAACUCGAAUGCAAUUGCAUAGUGUUUUUUUCUCAAAAAGAGUGGUAAUUUGUUAAAUAUUAUAUUUAUUUUUGUAUGAAAUGAGAGAUGAAUUGACUGUUGGUACAUUAAACUCGCAUGAUGUUAUUUAUUGGAAAUAUUUGUUUCUGUGAAAAUGCAUAGGUUGAACAUAUAUAUGUAUACAUUA